AUGCACCGCGGAGGCGGAAGUGCCGGAGGCGCAGCCGGGGGUGGUAUCGUCGGUGGUGCCGGCGGAAGUCAUCGUGCCCUCGAAUUGGAGCAUCCGUCGGCGAUGCCGGGCGCACCUGGUUUCCAUUGGGGGGCCAUGUUCGCGGGUCACCACGCGGCUGCCGCCGCGGGUAUGAUGCAGCCCCCCAUGUCGGCGGGUGGUGAGUACGUGCCAGCCGCGGCGCAUCAUGGUCCCGCUCAUCCCGCGAUGCCCAUGGAUCUACACGUCCAUCAGGGAUUCCCCUAUUUCCCUACCAGGUAUCGAGAUGACGCACUCUGCUGGACAGACAGGAAACCGUCCAUGGACGACGUCGGAAAUCCUACCUCCGUCAACGCACGAUUUGAGGAGAGACACUACGCUUUCGAAAGUAUCUUGGAGUUGCGCAAGGAGAAGAGCCGGGACGCGGCGAGGUCGCGACGGGGUAAAGAGAAUUUCGAGUUCUACGAGCUCGCGAAAAUGCUACCACUACCAGCGGCCAUCACCUCCCAGCUGGACAAGGCCUCCAUAAUAAGGCUAACGAUCUCGUACCUCAAACUACGCGACUUCUCCAGUCACGGCGAUCCGCCGUGGUCCCGCGACGGUCCACCGCCCAGCAAAUCCGUCAAAGGUGCUAAUCGAGUUAGAGCGUCAUCGACUACAACGAUAGAUCAUUUCGAAAUUCAUCAAGGUACUCACAUAUUACAAUCCCUGGAUGGCUUUGCGAUGGCUGUCGCGGCUGAUGGCAGAUUCCUGUACAUAUCUGAGACCGUUUCGAUAUAUCUCGGCCUCUCACAGGUAGAGAUGACGGGUUCGAGCGUUUUUGACUAUGUCCAUCAGCAAGAUCAUGCCGAGGUCGCUGAGCAACUCGGUCUGGGACUCGCAUCGUCGACAAGUACCUCGGCCCCGCACUCGUCGAAUUCCGGUCUAGCCUCGCCGAGUAGCGGCGCGUCGGAAGAGCAUGGUUCGUCCUCCACCGCGAAUCCCGACGUGUCCUCGGUAAUGUCGCUGUCGGCGACUGGACUCUACAAGGGGUACGACCGAGCGUUUUGCGUUAGGAUGAAAUCCACUCUGACGAAGAGGGGGUGUCAUUUCAAGUCGUCGGGUUAUCGGGUUGUGCUGUUGCUGUGUCGUUUGAGGCCGCAGUUUGUAUUCAGCCACGCGAGAAAGUCCGCACCGCCUUUGAUGGGCAUGGUCGGACUAGCCAUCGCGCUUCCUCCGCCCAGCGUGCACGAAAUUCGUCUCGAAACCGACAUGUUUGUCACACGGAUCAGUUUCGACUUUCGGAUAGCACAUUGCGAGCCAAAGGUUUCCGAAUUGCUGGACUAUACCGCCGACGAAUUGACGGGGAAGAAUCUUUACACGCUGUGCCAUGGCGAGGACGCGAAUCGGCUCCGGAAGUCUCACAUAGAUCUGAUCCAUAAAGGACAAGUGCUGACGCAUUACUAUCGGUUGAUGAACAAGAGUGGCGGAUUCACGUGGCUACAGACGUGCGCAACCGUCGUGUGCAGUUCGAAAAAUGCCGAGGAGCAAAAUAUCAUUUGCGUCAAUUAUGUCAUAAGCGGCCGAGAAUACGAAAAUUUAAUUAUGGACUGCUGUCAGUUAGAGGACGGUGUCACCGGUGUCAAGAGGGAAGAUACGGCCGGGAAUGAUCCGGAGAACGGAUCGCCAGAUGCUGACAGAGGAGAGGGUCGUAGUCGAGGCGGCCCUACGAAUCAGCAUCAGGAGCAAUCGCAUCGAUCUCCACCCGACGAACGGGAGGAGAGCCAUGCGUCGGAAAGUGAGAAGCGAGGUAGCCGGCAUCACGACAACAUAGCCCAGUUGCAACAGGAUUCACAGACGGCGGUUGGGAAUCUCGGCACGCUCGUGGUGCGACUGCGAGGGCACAAGCGAAAGAUCCAUGACGACGACAGUAGCUCCAACGAAGAGGAGGACGAGGAGGAGGCGGCGGCGACGGCGACGGCGGCGGCGGCGGCGGCGGCGGCGGCGGCCACGGUGAAGGAAUCGAACGGCGAGAGAACCCGUGCGCUCAGCCCUAGCGCAACAUCCACGCACUCGAUCUCGGCCACCGAACAGGCGCUCUGUUCGGCCAGUCCGAAAUCGCGUCGCGCCGAAGGCAGCAGGAUGGACAGUGCCGAGAGCACGGGAACCUCGGUGAAAGAUCUAGAGCAGGCUAUGUCGAAGCACCUGCCGGGGAGCUCGCUAAAUAAAUCAAACUCACCAGUGGCGCUUCAUCAGCCGACAGAUUUCAGCACGGACGCGUUGUUGAAGCAGCAGCAGCAGCGGAGUACGAUACAGUGGAUCGGCGCGCACCAUCAUCUGGGCCAUCUGAGUCCGCAGCAGUCCGCCGCUGCUCCUUUACCUGCCUCGGCGCUCCUUAGGCAACUUUACGCUGCCAAUCGGGAAAGCGUGAUACGUGCCAAUGUCCACGGAAUUACGUCAAGCGGCGGUACGCGCGCUCCCACGUCGGCUGGUAUCUAUUAUCCGGGCGAAACCGCCCCUAACGGACCUCUGCCCACGCCGCCGGGCUCGGAGGGUUCCAGCACAUACGGCGAGCAUCAAUUUGUGCUCGCUGCUCACAAUCAAAAGGGAUCGAACGGCACCAGCUGCGCCGACGCUUUCACCAGUCUAGUUUCAUCGUACUCAUCCGCUACCGCAGCCGGCUACUCGGUAGACUAUCAUUCGGCGAUGACACCACCGUCGUCGGUGUCGCCACGAGACAAGCAGCAGCAACAGCAGCAACAGCAGCAGCAGCAGCAACAGCAGCAACAGCAGCAGCUGCAUCCCGUGAUAAGUAGUUACGAAGGCUCGUCGGCGUACGCGGACCCUGUUCUCCGUCACCAAUACGAACCAGCCCAACCGCUACCCUUGAAACCCCAGGUAUACUCGGCAACUGUCCAUCCGAGUGCCUUAGACGCCGCAGCGGCGUACGCCUCGGCAGGUCUGACGGAACAACCGCAGUUCUACCAUCAUCCGGCCAGUAGCGCCGGCUUCCACAUCUAUCACCCGAGCAACAAGUCGACGGCAAACGGCUGGUAUACUUCGGCCUCCUAGUGGCCCCAUUCGUAGAGGUCUCACCGCCCGUGUACGCGGAACACGUGUACUUAAGCGACUGUAAUUAAAUCCAAAGCCCUCUCCCUCGUGCAUAUCAGUGAUACGCUAUCUCGUCGCUAUCUUUGGCGAUCGUUGGCGAGCGAACCUCGUUGUCGUUGUCGGGACCGGCGGGGAAUUCAUCUCGCCGCUCCUUCCUGCCGAGUCGUCGAAACUCGGCGCUGUAACAAUCGCUCUCUUCUCCAUUAUGUAGAACGAUUUAUUGUAAUAUAAUGAAUAAAUUAUUAUAUAUAUGUUGACUUUCCGGAGGUAUCUGCGUAAGUAUAGAGCCAACUGAGAAACUCAUCGCGUGUUCACCGUGCGUGUUCCAAGUGAUUUAACGCGACGCUCAAAGAGAUCGUAAUAUAUCUAAGAAUUCGCGAUUUAUAUAUGUGUGAUAUACAGAGACGAUUCUUAAUAAUAUAGUUUAUACUUCAGAUGAGCACAGAAACAAGAAAAAGUGUUGUAUGCAUAUGGAUCGUUUAAUUCUUAUUCUUCCAAUAAUAAAUUAACGGAAGAAUACAUUUUACGGCACUUCAUUCUUUAAUAAUUUAUAAUUAUAAUUCAGAAAAAUUUGAACAAUCUAUUUUCAUGUAACAAUUAUUCUCGUUUUUGACUCUAGAUGCUAAAGUAUUCACGUAUAAUUAAGAAACUUUCUGUAUAUGUGUAUGUAUAUAUUAUAAUUACAUUAUUUCAUUUUAAAUCGCACUUUAAGAUGUCUUGUUUAAAUGUAAAUUUAUUUCUCCAAACAAUUGGAUAAGUGAUUAAACGAUUAGUUGGAACAUUUUUCAAUAUCCUCGAAAAGUCGUCAGAAUUAUUAAAAGAAAUCUGAAAUUUUAAUUAGAUUCAAAUCGCGUUAUGUUUUAUUAAUACAUUUUCUCUAAAUAAUUUCGACGAUAUUUUGCGAUCGAAAAAUGCACGUUUUAAAUCUCGCUAGAUCUCUUAUCCAAUUAUUUUGAAUAGAGCGAUGAAUUUACAGAAAAACAGAUAUCUUAAAACGGGCGAGAAAACAACAUCCGAGGAGAAAUGUUUUCGCGUUGUGUUAAAUAUUACUAAUCAAAUAUGAUUACCGUGUUAGCGGUGAUUUACUCGAGUAUGGUACUUGAAAUAUUUUGUACCAUAAUCAUUGUGCGAUGAUUUUCAUAAAACGGAUGAUACAAUCCUUUCUCUUUGACACGUUGUAACAUUUAUUUAACGAGAGAAAAAACGCUGAAAUUAUCUCGAUAUCGUACUCGUACGAAGCGUGUUUGAAAAAUAGCACGGCAUACUUAAGAGAAAUCGCUAUCUCUAUUAAUUCGCGCUGACGUCUCUGUUUUAGGCAAUUAAAUAUUGAAUUUGUUAAUCGGAACGCGCUAUGUACGAUCGGUCUGUCCCAAAGAGUUCGUUGUUGCAAGCUUCUUGUUUUAGAUUUCAACUUUGCGAUCGAGGAAGUAGCGAGACUUCUUGGUAAAAAGUAAAGAAAACAAUUAAUUUGCAUUCGAUAUCAAUUGUUAUCCGGCCGCGUUUCGCAUCCAGGUUCAACGAUUGUGACCUAUUGUGAAAAAUGAUAAUGAGUUAUGAGAUUGGUGGAAAAUUGGAAUGCGAUAUUUAUACAUUAUCGCAAACGGAGAGCAAUCCGGAGAAAAAAAAAAGACACGAGUGAUAUUAAAAAGACACUUUUAUUAAAUACGCACUGAGAUUCUUUACUUAUUAAGGACAAGAGACAUUUGUAUGUAUAUUUAUAGACUGCUCUAGCGAUUUUACCUUUUAAAUGUAGGAUAGAUAAAAAUGUAGAUAUCGAGAGGGGACACGUAUCGCGUACGCGACAAGAAGUCAACAUUGCUCUGGAGGUAGCGAAUUCUUUUACGAAAGUUAUUGUAUUUUAAUGUUUAAAUAUUUCGACCAGUUGUUUUUGACAAGUACACGUGUAAAUACAGCUUACGUGCCUAAAAGUUCAUUCGCUCAGCAUUCAUCGAUUUCUUCCGUACUGUAUUGAUUUAAAACGAAGUAUAUCCACAUGACGUGUUUCUCCCGCAUAAUAAUGUUGAUUUGCAGAAACUUGCAGUUGCGUUUCGCGCACUUGGAUGCAACGUCACCCGAUUGAGCGAGCCUGCCAGAUGAACCGUAAGUAAACGUUAUAAAUAAUAUCGGUAAGUAAUUGAGUAUUUACGGAGAAGACAUUUGAAAUCUAAAUCACUGAUUUCGUCUCGAUUUUUUGGAAAAUUUUAAUAACAUCUUUUAAAACAUGCAUCAAGCACUAAAAUGUUUCGAUAAAAAAAAACACAAGGAUGGACCGCAUACAUGAUUUAUUUUUAUUUAAUUUUGUUCUCAAUAUAAAAGACACAUGUUCAUUCUUCAGAUCAUUAUAGAUUCAUUUUUUUUUUCAACUCGAGUAUUAUUAUUUGUAUUAGCAAUUUGUUCGUACAGAACCGUGAAAAAUGCAUGUUUUCUGUUCAACACAAUCGUUGUACUAUCGAUUUAAUAGCAAGAAAUAACGAAUGUGCUAUUCGUAUAAAAAUGACUUAUGUACAAUUUCGUUUUGUAUUACAUGCUUAGUAUACAAUUAUUAUCUUCAUUACCGUUAUUAUCGUUUCUGCUCUGUUAUUGUUAUCGUUACAAUUAUUACCCUUAACACUAUAUUAAUAUUAAAUUACUACAGUGAGUUUGCAGAUUAUGUAAAAAAAAAUCUGUAAAAUAAUCAUAUAAACAACUGAAAAUAAAAUAAAUCUAAACAAAAGUGUUAAACGCACUUUGGACGGUAGACAUUUCGAUUAAUACUGCGUAUUAUAUAAAAAAAAAGAAAGAAA